AUGGUUUUAUUUCCUGUAAAAAACCAAUGCUUUCAGAUAAAAAUUUUAAAAAAAGGUAUGAUUUUACAAAAGUUAAUUUAUGGGGAAAAAAAGAUUUUUGAAGACAAAUUCUUUGGUCUGAUGAGACUAAAAUUAAUGUGUUUAGAUCUGAUGGAAGAAUUUAUGUUAGAAGAGAAAGGGUUAAUAGAUAUUUAA